AUGGAUGAAAAAAAGAAACGUAUUAUGAAUCGUUCAUCAUUAAGACAAUGUGUUGACGAACAUGGUGAAAAUAUUAAUUUAGAUUGUCAACAAUUAACUCCAAUUUCAAUUGAUUAUUUACCAUCAUCAACAAUUAUUUCACCUAAACAACAUCGAUCUUCAACAAUAAAUCAACAAACAGAAUUAUUUUCCAAUAAUCAACAAUUAAUAUAUAAUCAAAAUAUUCUUCCAAUAACACCAAUAAGUCGAAAACGACCUAGAGGAGAAGUUGAUUAUUUUAUUCCAGAACAUGAUCAACAUACUAAUAAACGAACUCGACGUGAACCUACGAAUAGUAUUGAAUUAGAAAAUCAACCACCACGCACAACAAUACAACAUCGAUCUUUAUUUUUAUAUCAUCCAAGACAAAAUUGGAAUAAUUUACAAAUACAAAAUGAAAUUACAUCAUCAUUUAAUCCAUUAUUACCAUCAUUAUCAAACUAUCAUCAAUUAAAUACAACAUCAAAUCAUGAAUAUGAACAAAAUCUAACUAAUCAUUUUUCUUCUCCAUGUGAUUUACAUACGGAACAUCAUACAAAUCAACAUUUAUGUAUGUUUGGAAAUGAUACAUUCAUGAAUCCUAAUCAAAAGAGUACACAUUCUAAUUCAUCAAUGAAUAGAAUUAAAAAUCAUAUAUGUUUAUUAUCUCCACAAACAAAUAUAACUAGUCCAUUACGUACAACAAAUUUUGUUCUUGAUAGUAAACAACAAACAAUAAUACGAACAGGAAAUAUUUCACCAGCACAUUCAGAUUCAUCAACUGAAUCAACAUCAACAUGUUCGUCUGAUGAACAACAAUUUCAUUAUCAUUCAUAUCAUCAACUAUCACGUUCAUAUCGUGAACGUGAAAAUUAUGAACAAUUAUUAGAUUUAGCAGAAAAAUUAUCUGAUCCAAAUCGUUAUAAAAAAGUUGAUAUUGAACAAUUUUUUUCAUAUCAUUAUAAAACGAUAAUAACAACAACAACAACAAAACCAACAACAGAUAUAUUAUCAUCGAAACAAACAGCUUGUGUUAUUUGUAUGUCACAUUUUAAAAAUGGACAACAUAUACGAGUACUUCCAUGUCAACAUGAAUAUCAUUCAAAAUGUAUUGCACGAUGGUUUACUAUGAAUUCAUCAUGUCCUAUAUGUCGACGAGAUAAUUUUUUAACGACUUGCUGA